AUGACCACCGCCUCUGUACGUCGCGGCAAGAUAACUCGUCAGGUCGAGGAGUAUUUGAUGGUGAUUUCCAAGCACUUCAAGUCCUUUCUCACGGGCUUCGGUGAGAGUCCUUUCUCCCCUUUUCAGCUCUCCAGAGUCUCCGAGGUCACGAAUUUGAUUAACCAGAUGGCUAAGAAGAAGGCGGAAGCAAUCGUGGAACUAAUACGUAAGGCCGAGCCCACUGCAGGAAAGCCCCAAGCUUCGUUCUGA